GUGGGCGCCGCGGGGAUGGCUCCGGUCCUGGAGGUGUCGGACGCCGGGCACUGCCGCUCGUUGCUGCUGGAGCUCAACCAGCAGCGCCUGAGGGGCCAGUUCUGUGACGUCACCAUCAUCGCCGAGGACACCAAGCUUGGAGACCCCCAAGGAGAUGAACGGCGGCACCUGGAACCCCCCACCGGGGACGGGGGAACCCCCUUCACCCACCGCCCCUGUGGAUCUGACCUGCUCCUCUUCUUCCUCCUCCUCCUCCUCCUCCCGGGUCGGGGACGAGGCGGCAGCGCCGGCGUCGUUGCGUUGCGGGUUGUGUGGGAGGAGCUUCAACACCUUGGCAGCCUUGGGCUUCCACGCCAAACUCCACCGUGGGCGCCGGGGCCUGGCGUGUAGGCACUGUGGGAAGAGCUUCAUCCACGUCAAGAGGCUGCAGACCCACGAGGUGCUCUGCAAGGACGGGCGGCGCGACGGGGACGACGCCGACGUGGCCGAGGCAGAGGUUGACAAGGUCAACGCCAACGUGGGCCAUGGCAAGGUCAACAGUGUCAACGUGGGCAGCAGCGUCGACGCCGGCGCGGGUGGCAACGUGGUCAACACCAAGCUCGGCACGGUCAACGCCAACGAGGUCAACGCCAACGAGGUCAACACCAUCAACGAGGUCAACGCCAACAUCAAGGAGGUCAACACAGUUGACCGUGUUGGGAACGCUGACAUCAACAAGGUCAACGCUGACAUCAAUGAGGUCAACACCGACAUCAACAAGGUCAACACCAACAUCGAGGUCAACGCCGACGUCAAUGAAGUCAACAGCAACAUCAAGGAGGUCAACACCAACACCAAGGAGGUCAACACCAACACCAAGGAGGUCAACAGCAGCGUCAAGGAGGUCAACACCAACACCAAGGAGGUCAACCCCAACAUUAACAAAGUCAACCCCAACAUCAACGAGGUCAACACCGACAUCAACGAGGUCAACACCGACAUCAACGAGGCCAACACCGACAUCAACGAGGCCAACACCACCAACGAGGCCAACACCAACAUCAGCCAAGCCAACCCCGACGUCAACACCAAGUCCACCACGCCCAACACCAAGUCCCAGACGCCCAACGCCGCCUCCACCGCGGCGCCCAAGCCAGGCAAGAAGGCCUUGCUGCUCCGUCACCGCGCCCUGGAGCUCCUCCCCGAGCAGGACCCGGUGGUGAAGGUGGUGGACGGGCACGUGGUGUAUCUCUGCGGGGUUUGCCAACGUUCCUACAUGACCCUGUCCAGCCUGAAGCGCCACGCCAACGUGCACUCGUGGCGCCGCAAGUACCCGUGCCGUUACUGCGACAAGGUGUUCGCGCUGGCCGAGUACCGCACCAAGCACGAGGUCUGGCACACGGGCGAGCGCCGCUACCAGUGCAUCUUCUGCUGGGACACCUUCGUCACCUACUACAACCUCAAGACCCACCAGAAAACCUUCCACGGCAUCAACCCGGGCUUGAUCUCCUCGGAGAAAACCCCCAACGGGGGUUACAAGCCCAAGCUCAACGCCCUCAAGCUCUACCGCCUGCUGCCCAUGAGG